UAAUUUACACUAUCAAGACUUGCUGUCAUGGAACCCAGUUACAGGGCUUUGGUAAUUCAGCCCUGUAACUGGGAGUCAUAACAUAAACAAUCCCAGGAGCACCUGGCAGAAGAAGAUAGAAUAUGCCUGGGAACUUGGGGCCGAAAGUAUAAACAAUUAUAAUUGGUCUAGUGUGUGAAAAUGGUAGUAAUGUGAUAUUGGGGGUGGGACUUGAUGAUGAUAUUUACGUGUGGUGUUACGUAGCAUCAAAAGUUAUAAAAAUAGUUGUAUGUAAACAUUGGGUCAUUCCUGACUUUUCCAAAGUCAUGUGUUCUUCAAUAAAGAUUGGAUUUGAGAGCAGCCAUCUCUGAUCUGCGUUCAGACUGAUCCUUUGAAGUGAGCAGGACAAUUAAGUCAGGAAUCCAGUUCUCACCCUCCUGCAAAUUUGCAGUGAAGUGAUAAUGAGCAGGGAAGGAGAUCAAAGCCAUGACGGAGCAAAGGGGCCUCCGCUGGGAGCUCUGCCGUUGGCAGAAGAGACAUUGCAAGCCAUAGCUUCCUCUACGGGGUACCCCAAGCCGGACGGCGUGACCCAGAGGAUUCCCAGAGGGGGAAGAGGCGUUCCGGCGGCGGCAGAAACCAGUUGGGGAUCUGGAGGAAGCAUGCCGGAGACUGUGGCCCAGCGGUUAUCCAUCCUGGAAACUCAUUUAUCCAGGCUGUCGGAUACCGUGGGGAGAAUAGUGCCAAUAUUGGAAGAGAAUCUCCAAAAAGAGCACAUCCGAUAUGGCGCCGAGAGAGAGCCAAGCAAAGGAGGCGAUUGGAGCCAGAGGGGACAGCGAGCUUCAACGCAGAGUCCCGCGGCGGCAAGGGACGAGGGAGACGAGGAAUAUUGGCAAGAGCUGGAGUUCCGGGACAGAAUGGCGCGCGAAGUGGAGCGCCAGCAAGCUCUGGGAACUCUGAGGCCGCCAACCCCAACAGAGCUCCCAACCCCCCGAAUGGGCGUCGGAGUAGAAAGACCACUGGGGCCAGGGAUCGGGUCCAGUGGAUUAGCUGACGAAGGCGGAGAGGAGCAGGAGAUCCAGGAAGAGGAGGAGGAUGUGCCGUACGACGGGGAAAGGCGAGAUGCGGGGGCUACAGCGAGGCCAGUAUGCGGAUGGGGGGAAGGGCCGACAGCGGCGGCAGGAUUUCGGGAGCCGCGCAGAAUGACCACCGGGGUGGGGCGCGGCGUGAUCCAAGGAAACCCGAUGCAACCCUUCCCCAUGCCUCCCAGACAGCAUCAACGGGCCGCUGAAUGGAUGCCAAGAAGGGAAGAUCUCAAGCUAGAAUACGGAGGGGAAUCAGCCGAACUGAACUUUUUUCUAAUUAGCAUCAGGGGAUACAUGGAAGACAAUGCACACACAUUCCCCUCCGAAGCAAGCAGGGUUCGGGCCAUCGGCAACACACUAAAGAGAGGAGCGGCCAGCUGGUAUGUGCAACUACAUGCCAGACAGGACCCAUGCCUGAGGUCAGUGCCCCGCUUCCUCGCCGCACUGGAAAACCGGUUCAGAGACCGGCUAGAGCAAUUGAGAACUCGAGACCAGCUUAGAGGAAUAAAGCAGAGGGACAAAACGGUGCCCGAGUACGCAGAAGAAUUCCUCCACCUCGCGGAAAGGGUACCAGAGUGGUCUGAAGUGACCAAAGUGGAAUUAUUUAAAGAGGGACUACGCCCCGAGAUUUUCAGCUGGGCAGCGCACAGAGAUGACCCCGAAACGCUCCAGGGAUGGAUUCAACUAGCGGGGCGCGUUGAAUCCACCCUGGCCCAAGUAAAGCGCUUCAGGAGCAGCGGCGGCCAGCAAAGACCGGUGGCGAGAGGUCGAGGAGAAACGAGGAAGCAGGAAAGACCCGGAGGGAGGCCGGGGAUUCCCUCCAGAGGAGACGACAACAAACCUAAACCGGGAUGCUUUGUAUGUGGGAAGACGGGCCAUCGAGCAGCAGAAUGCUGGGCACGGAAGGGGGAGCCGCCAAAACCCUCAAAGCCCAAGCCAGCAACCGGGAGGCGUGCGGAGGAGGAGGUGCAAGCCCCAGAAUCUCCAGAAAAAUUGGCUUGUGAUGAAAGAAGAACCGAAGAGGAGGACGAAGAAAAGGAGGGCACCAUGUCAUGGAACCCAGUUACAGGGCUUUGGUAAUUCAGCCCUGUAACUGGGAGUCAUAACAUAAACAAUCCCAGGAGCACCUGGCAGAAGAAGAUAGAAUAUGCCUGGGAACUUGGGGCCGAAAGUAUAAACAAUUAUAAUUGGUCUAGUGUGUGAAAAUGGUAGUAAUGUGAUAUUGGGGGUGGGACUUGAUGAUGAUAUUUACGUGUGGUGUUACGUAGCAUCAAAAGUUAUAAAAAUAGUUGUAUGUAAACAUUGGGUCAUUCCUGACUUUUCCAAAGUCAUGUGUUCUUCAAUAAAGAUUGGAUUUGAGAGCAGC